GAGCAGGAGACAAGGAACCCUGCUCACCGCACAAGGAUUAGCUGAUCACAAAGGCCAGACUUUGAUCUGUAUGUCACGCCAGACUUCCACAGAGAGAUCAGAAUUCCCAUCAUCAUGAACUGGAACAUGAUCAUCUCGGGGUUUAUUAUAGUAGUGAUCAAAGUUGCUGGAAUGACCGUAUUUCUGCUAUAUUUCCCACAGGUUUUUGGCAAGAGUAAUGAUGGCUUCAUCCCCACGGAGAGCUACAGAACCACUAAUGUGCAGAAUGUCUCACAGAUCUUUGGGAGAAAUAACGAAAGUGUCAUGCCCACAAGGAGCUAUGGAACAGCCUGCCCCAAAGACUGGGAUCUUCACCAAGGGAGAUGCUUCUUCUUCUCCACCUCUGAAUCAUCUUGGAAUAACAGCAGGGAUCACUGUGCAACCAGAGGAUCCACACUGGCAGUUGUCGACACACUAGAGAAACUGAAGUAUCUUCAGGACAUAGCUGAUGCCGAGAAGUACUUUGUUGGUUUGACACGUCAGCCGGGAGGAAAAAGGUGGCGCUGGGUCAACAACUCCGACUUCAAUGGCAAUGUUACAAAUGAGAAUCAGAACUUCCACUGCGUCACUAUAGGCCUGACAAAGACAUUUGAUGCUGCAUCAUGUGACAUCAGCUACCGCUGGAUCUGUGAGAGGACUCCCAGCUGAUCAUGGGUCUCUACAACAAGAGCAAAUAUAUGUCUACAAAGACAGCAAAAGAGAUUGCUUGCAAC